AUGCAAAAACUUUAUGGCCAGAGUCUGAGACGAGAUGCCGGCCUUGUUAGGAGCCUGAAGCGUUCAUUGCCUCCCUCUCUAAAACAAAUCCAUGGCAGUGUCGACAAAAUACUCGAUGAGUCGUUUGAAUUUAUUGAAGAGUUCAUUGAGGCCGCUCGGCCUAAGCUCGCUGCUGGUGUCCAGACUUUCGUGAAAGAUACCUCUGCCCUGUUCCAAAAGUACCCGGCACGAGUCACCAUUUCUCGCCUUGAACCGGACCUAGCUGGCUACGAUCUAAAGGAUUAUUCUAUUACAUUGGAAGGUACUCAGCCUUCCCAGCCAGCACAAUUCGAAAGAGCUAGUGAUAAGGAAGGCGAAAGAGCGCGAUGUACGCAAUUCAGGAGAGGCGAGCAAGAAAACCUCAUAUUCGAAUACGGGGCUCCAAUCAAAGUUAAAUGGACCGCGCCACUGAACCAUAGUAAAAAGGAUUGGAUUGGUCUCUACAUGGUUACUGAUAAUACCUCGCGGGAGGUCACAAGUGUGGCAUCCCAGGGCCGGUGGAUCGCUACUAACCAAGCUUCAUUCGACUCUGAGACGUGCGAGCAGGGCCUAGUCUCGAGUGACAUUGUUAUGAAAAUAUGUCGGGAAGAUUGCGAGCCAAUCGACGUUGCAUCUGGAGAAAUGGUUUUCUCAGGCGAUAAACUCUGGUGGACUCAAGGUGUCUUCGAAUUCAGAUACCACCACAACGGCAAGCAUAAUGUUAUGGCUGUCUCGCGUCCCUUUGAAAUCCGCAUUGGAAGAUUCGAUGAGGAUAUCGUCGAAGCCGAUAAUUACGGCCUCGUGAGGGCGGCUGUCGAAGCUGCUUUGCUACCAGUUGUCCAAAAUUGCUUUGACAGAGACCCGGAAAUUGCACCGCAAACUGCUGAAGAACAUUAUGGCUGCCUCGUUGAAAGGGAUGGGAAGUACUCGAAGAGAGUAGUGUUUGCUGUCCAGCACAUGUUUGGUAUCGAAUUUGCUCCUGAGGUUGUCCGCGCCGAUGGAAAUGUUCGAAACUUGGCAUGGCGGAUAUGUAAUGCCAAGAAAGUUCUGUAUGUCACGUUCAAACGGAGCCUCGACACCCACGACAGAACACGAAGAUUAGACCGCGACCGGCCUUAA